GAAGAUUGAGCCAUGCACCUGGAGAGAUCUCUACGGUGCAUUAAAUCACCCUACUGUUGCCAUGUCUGAUGUGGCAAAUACGCUUUCAGUAAAGCUAACAACUGCUGAAGUACCAAAUACAAGGGCUGGAGAUGCAGCAUUAUCCAUUAGCACAUCACUGACUGUGGCCAAUACCUCUUUUGACGGUGGAGACACCAAAGUCUCUUCCUCUCAGAGUCCGGCCACCUCCUCUCAACUAGGCCUCUCUUCUCCUCUCCAUGGUUCUGGAGCCUCACCACUCACUGAAGUGGACUCUCAAUCAGACCUACCACAACCAAGUUAGUCCACUACUGUAGCUGUUAACA